AUAGAUAAGCCAGGACGAUUUAAAUACCCAGAGUCUUCAGCUUCAUUUUCUCGUCAACCGUAUACGAAAACGACAACUACAGCACCAUGAUGAAACACGUCCUCUUGGGCCUCCUGGCCGCUCAGACGGCGCUGAGCACCAGGUUUGUCAUGUAUAUCGACCAGUACGCCCCAAUCAUUCUUCCCACUAGUUUACCCAUGAUACUGACAACCAUGGCAGAUACCACACGAAAGACCUCCCCGGCAAAAACCUCACAGAAGGCAUAACCCACGCCGUAAUGGGCUUCGCCAAAAGC